AUGUCUGAACUCAAAAGACCAGCCUCCUCAUACAUUCUCUUCUGUAAUGAUCAUCGAGCUGAAGUGAAAACAAAACUCGGUGAGAACGCCAAGCCAAAGGAAGUCCAAAAGGAGUUGAGCAAAUUGUGGAACGAUGCUUCCGAAGCAACCAAGGAAAAGUACAAAAAGCUUUACGAAGAGAACAAGGCAGACUACAACAAAAAGGCCGAAGCAUUGAAGGUCGUUGAAGAGGACAACAAGACUGAACAAGAAUCUUCGGGAAGAACUCUCAGAAAACGUCCACCAAAGAAGGUUGCUGAAGAAGAGCCAAAGAAGAAGAAGACCAAGGCAAAGGGAGAAUCCAAACCUCGUGGAAUGACUGGCUACAACUUGUACAUGAAGGAAAACAAGGAAAAGCUCAAGUCAGAUAAAUUGGAAGGAAAGAAGCUGACAGAAAAGGUGAGAAAGAUGUGGAACAAUUUGGCAGAGGAUGAGAAGAAGAAGUACAAUGAGAGAGCUGCAAAACUUGCUCCUGAAAAGAAGGACGAAGCUGGUUCAGCCUCUGAUGAAUAA